CCCAUCCCCCAGCUGCAUUUUUUGCAGGGCCGUCCUGCAACAGCUACAGAAAUUUGCAUGCAGCCUUUUGUGCUGUGGAGGAUAAAAAGGUGACUAGUUCACCUAUUUUGUUGACAAGAAAGAAAAUGCAGAGGCUAACCACUCAACAGGCAUUGGAACUGAUCGUGAGCAAGGCCAACCCGCGUGACUCAGAUGGAGAAGACAUAGUCCUUCAACCAGAUUCGGACUCUGAGCUGUCUUCAGAUGAGGAGACUCCUCUACCAAAAAAGAGAGCUCGGUUGGGGAGUGAGCUGACAGAGACCUCAAAAGAUGGCACUGUGUGGUGUGAAAAACAAGUGGGGACAUGUCUCCAUAUCACUCCAAUAGAACCUUACGCCACAGCUGGAGAGCCAAUGGCUAAGGCCAAACGAUGUAUCCGGAGUCGACUUCAGAGCUUCCUCUGUUUUAUCACUCUUGACAUGCUUCGAACCAUUCAAGAAUGGACUACUCAGCAUGCACGUCACACGGAGCAGGUGGACUGGUUCUUGGAUCUCCCUGAACUAAUGGCAUUUAUUGCAGUCAUUAUCUUGCGGGGGGUGGCCAAGGUUCCAUCACUACGUGACAGCUGGUCAGCAAACCUGGCAAACCCAAGGAUCAUUGCAACUAUGGCCCAAAACCGCUUCCAAGACAUCAUGCGACACUUUCGCUUUGAUGACACCACACAUCGGAGAUUGCAGCAAACGUAUUGGUCUCCGCUCGCUCACUGCGUGUGA